AACGAUGAGAAAUGGACUGUGAAUGAGAUCAUGAAUCUCUUUAAGGCUGUUUGAGAAACAAAUGUAACUGUAAUGGUAAAUAAACAUGAGUCCACCAACCAGGUGAUUCAGAGGAGAAUCGAUGGCAAUUUGAGUUUCUACCAGCCAUGGGAGCAGUAUAAGGAAGGAUUUGGUAAUGCCGUGGGUGAAUACUGGCUAGGUCUGGAGAACAUCUUCCUGAUGAUCAACACUGACAAGUAUAUGCAGAGAGUGGACAUGGAGGAUUUUGAGAAAGGCAGUGCCUACGCCCAGUACACUUUAUUCUACAUCGACUCAGAGUCCAGCAAAUACAGGCUGCACAUCGGUGGCUACAUCAAUGGAGGAGCAGGUGAUUCUUUGUACUAUGUGAAUGGGAGGUAUUUUUCAACCUUUGACAAAUCCUACACAGGAAGCUGUCCAGAGAAGUACAGUGGAGGAUUCUGGUACUACUACUACAGAUACUAUUAUUUGUGUCACAGAGCCAACCCCAACGGCUUGUAUAAAUACAGGAAUGUGGGCACAUCUUACACAGGGAUCAUAUGA